GAGCAGCGAGCUGCGCGGGCGGCUGCCGGGGGGAAGCGUCCAGAAAGAUGUCUGGGGAACUGCCACUGAACAUUAACAUCAAGGAGCCUCGAUGGGAUCAAAGCACUUUCGUGGGACGAGCCAACCAUUUCUUCACUGUGACUGAUCCCAGAAAUAUUCUGUUAACAAACGAACAACUAGAGAAUGCCAGGAAAAUAAUACAUGAUUACAGACAAGGAGUUGUUCCUCCAGGUCUUACAGAAAAUGAACUGUGGCGAGCAAAGUACGUCUACGACUCUGCUUUUCAUCCUGACACUGGUGAGAAGAUGAUUUUGAUAGGAAGGAUGUCAGCUCAGGUUCCGAUGAACAUGACCAUCACAGGCUGCAUGAUGACAUUUUAUAGGACCACUCCGGCUGUGCUGUUCUGGCAGUGGAUUAACCAGUCCUUCAAUGCUGUCGUGAAUUACACCAACAGAAGUGGAGACGCCCCACUCACUGUGAAAGAGUUGGGAACAGCUUAUGUCUCCGCAACAACUGGUGCUGUGGCAACAGCACUAGGACUUAAUGCAUUAACCAAGCAUGUCUCACCACUGAUAGGACGUUUUGUUCCCUUUGCUGCUGUAGCUGCUGCUAAUUGCAUUAAUAUUCCAUUAAUGAGGCAAAGGGAACUCAAAGUUGGCAUUCCUGUCACCGAUGAAAGUGGGAACCGCUUGGGUGAAUCAGCAAACGCUGCAAAACAAGCCAUCACACAAGUCGUCAUCUCCAGGAUUCUCAUGGCAGCUCCUGGCAUGGCCAUCCCUCCAUUUAUUAUGAACACUUUGGAAAAGAAAGCUUUUUUGAAGAGGUUCCCGUGGAUGAGUGCACCUAUCCAAGUCGGAUUAGUUGGCUUCUGUCUGGUGUUCGCCACCCCCCUGUGCUGUGCUCUGUUUCCUCAGAAAAGUUCUAUGUCUGUGACAAGCUUGGAGGCUGAGUUGCAAGCCAAGAUCCAAGAGAGUCAUCCUGAAUUACGACGCGUGUACUUCAACAAAGGAUUGUGAAGGAGGGGAAGAAACCUGGGCGGCUGAUCCUGCCACCUGCAAACCAGGCAUGGCCGUGUCCACGAGGAAAGUCUUGUUCAAUCUGGGUUCUCCCAGUUCAAAAAAAAACCUUCAGAGAUUCACAUUAGCCUUUUAGAAUAAAGCUGCUACUUAUAACAUAGCACCUGGUACGGGCCAGGUGCCUGGUACCUGUUGGCUCCAUACAUUUGAAUCAUGUUGUGAUUGACAGAAAUACCCUUCCUGUAGCUUUUAUGGUAACUGUUUUUCAAAGACAAUAUCCCAUCCCUGAGCCAGGGUUUUAAAAAGUACUUCUAGGUAUAGAGUAGGUGCUCAGCAUAUGCUCCUCAGUAAAUACCUGUUAAUCAUCAGUCAGUAAAGAGGUAAUCUGCUCAAAGUAAUGAGUGUCAUUCCUACUUCUCUUUCAAAUCAAGGAAGCCUCAGCAGUGAAUUUAGAAAAUGCAAAAGCUCUGGGACCAGAUGUAAUAAUUUAUAGCAAGGGAACUUGCCUAUGCUGUGGACCACCCCAAAGUAGAUGCUGGAGGUUUUCGUUUGGUAGACCAAAAGCUCCUUCAUAUCCUCUUGGAAGUUACAAUCAUAAACCAGUGCAUUGCGCCUUCCCUGCUAUCAGCAAUUGAAUACAUUUGUAUUGUUGGUGGAUUUUCCUGGUUGGCUUUUAAAUUUUUUAUUUAUAUUCUUCUAAAGGUGUUAAUCUUACCUUGAAGUUACUGAUUUUAUAUUCAGUUAUUUCCACUGAAGAAUCUCGUUAGCUAAAUUUACAAAUAUCAGAUUUUAGAAGUAUAUUCGAUAAUACUACUGUGUGACUCGAAUAAGUCUGGUAUGUUUGGAUUUUUUAGAAGUGAGAUCACAGUUCCAGUUCCCUGCAUGUCUUUCCUUGGUAGCCUCAUAAAUCUCCUUGGCUUUCGGAAAGGUACAAAAAUAAUGUCUAUGAAUCAGCAACAGUGAAUUUUACUUGAAUGUUGUACAUUCCACCCGGUUUAGAUAUAAUGAAACCAUGUACCACUGUUUACAUCACUAUAAUAAUUUUACAUAUAUUUAAUGUAACAUUGUUUCAAGUCUAUAGCUCUUCAGUGUCAUAUGGAAGGCAGUUUCGCUGAGUGGAGAUCAUUGUAAUUCAUAGAUUUGUAAGUGAAAAAAAAUUUAGAAACUAAUUUUGAUGGAUCAUUUUUCCCUCCCUAACAAUGUGUCCAGACUGAAUUUCCUCAUAAAGAAAAAUUGGUGUGCCUUGUGUCUUGUGUUUCUCUUUUCUCUGAAAGGAUUAAUGGAUCUGAAGCUGUGAGCCUCCCCUGAUGCCACUAGAAUCUUCUCAUUUAGAUUUGCUGUCAAACCACUGGAGUCCAAAUGGCUUCCCCAUGACAUUCUGGCCUUGGAUGUAUUUUGUUACCAUCAAUGCUUCUCUUUAAAAAGUGGUUAAAAGCCUGAAAUCCAAGAUUGAUCUCUAUAAGGUGCUUAGCAAGCACUCUCAGUAAAAAGCUAACAUUUUUCAGGCUGCCAGAUCCACCCAGCUACUCUCAGUCCUUACCCGUAGUUAAUUUGUAACUCCACUGCAGAAUGUUAACCGUAACUUGAAAAUUUAAUGGCUGGUAGGAAGAUUGGCGAACUCACCAAAAUUUUACACACACUGGGAAGAUAUAACCAAAGCAUAGUUAUUAAAGGCAUAAUGAUCAUAGAAGUGUGUCUUUUUAAACUUGUGUAUUGAAGCUUCAGACUCUUAAUGCUUUUCUAUAGAAAUAUUAACUGUAUAAUCAUGUUUUAUUUAAAAAAAAGAACAAAUUAACCAAGAUCAGCAAUCUUUGCUGAUCUCUUAGGAAUACCUUUUCUGGAGAAAAAAAAUCCACAUAAAGUGCAAUAACCUUGUAAAGGUAAAUAAUUGCUAACAUUUCUACUGGCGUGAUACAAAGAGUGGCAAUGUAAGUAUUUGCAGACUGGCAGUUUUAUUUCAGUAUUAACAAAGUGUCUUGCCAGUGUUGGAGUCAAUGUAUUAUUUCAGUUUAACUGGAUGAAAUGUUAAAUAAACUCAAAGUGAAAAUAAA